UGCUCCUGGUAGCCCGCAGCCUGGCAGGUGGUUUUCGGCUCCUUCCUGCGCAGCUGCAUUUGCACUUCCGUCCCCGGCACCAGCAAAAGCAAAACUCCUGGUUUCUAGGCAAAACUCCCGGUUACCAAGCAAAACUUCUGGUUCCUGAGCAAAACUCCCGGUUUGUGUCCCACUGGAGAAGGCUGAAGCAGCAAAGGGAGGUGCUGCGGCGCAUGCCCUGCACCCCUGCUCCGGGGAGGGCGGCCCGAGGAGACCCGCAAACAAUGGGCCGGGCCGGCUGGUGCCCGUCAGUGCUGCGGCCGGUGCCAGCGCCCCGCGGGUCCGCAGCUCCGAGACCGUGCCGAGCGCCCAGCAUGUCGGCCGAUGUGUGGGUGGGCCCAUGGAGGCCCCACCGGCCCCGCGGUCCCAUCGCCGCGCUCUACAGCAGCCCCGGGCCCAAGUACGGGCUCCCGACAGACGUAGACUACCAACUCCAGGACGCGUCCCGCUUCCGGGCACCCGCCUGCAGCUUCGGCCUGCGCCGCCUCCAGCAAGAGGACGACUGCUCCCCCGGGCCGGCCUACAUGCUCUUUGCCAAGACGACCAUGAGGGGCAAGGACGGGACCCCCGCCUACUCCAUCCACGGCCGCCCCAGGGACCUGCAGAGCUUCUGCACCCCUGGGCCAGGUCAGCCCUGCCGCCAGCCCGGCCCCCGGGGCACCGCGGGGCCGUGGGGCAGGAGUUGGCUGCAGGAGCAGGGGUGGGGGGCUGCUCCAGCCCCAGCUGGGGGCACCGCGGGGCUGGGGGCAGGAGCCGGCUGUCACUAUUACCCAGAGAAAGCUGGGAAAUGGGCCUUUCCUACGGCCCCCAUCUACUCCCUCGCCUCCCGCACCAAGGAGUUCUCCAACGACCGGACGCCAGGUCUGACCCAUUGUCCCGAGAGCCACCAGGGACCUAGGCUGGCGGUCGUGAUGGGUGUGUACAUGGCGAGGAUGGACACGGUCUCCGAUGAGUGCCCCUUUUGUCACCAGAGGAAGACCCUGGCGCACACGGUCAUCGAGUGUGCCAGGCUGGAGCCCCUGCACCUCCUCCUCCAGAGCUUGCUGCUCACGUUGUGGCUGCACUACUCCCCGCACCUUUUAGUUUAUGCACACCCCAUCCGGGCCCUCCUGGUUAACCUCCUCCUGCCUCUGGCCAAGCUCGUCAUCUGGCUAUCCAGGCGGGAGGCGCUGGCCAGGAAGGCUCCCGGGCACCUCGGGGCGUUUUUCCUUGGUGUCCUUCGCGCCCGUCUCUGGGCGGAGCACCGCUGGGCAGUAGCCGCCGGCGAGCUCCCGCAGUUUGAGAGCCGGUGA